AUGUCCACUCCUAUUUGUAAGAACUGCAAGACGCAGACAACUCCUCUCUGGCGUCGGGAUGAAUCUGGUCAGGUACUUUGCAAUGCUUGUGGCUUGUUUCUCAAGCUUCAUGGAAGACCUAGACCUAUCUCCUUAAAGAGUGAUGUCAUCAAGUCCAGAAAUAGAGUCAAGCACAAUAACUCCAAGUCUGGGCCUAACACUCCCGAAUUAAAAGCCAAAGACUCUAGGGCCAAGUUUUCAUCGAAGCAGUACAGACCCAAAUCUUCCAGAUCUGGCUCUAAACGAAACAGCAACGGUAGCAAUGUCACCAGUUCUCAAUCUGAGAAUGGCUCUAAUGGAACUCCGCAUUUUGGCUCUAUGGCCGCCGUUACUGGCUCAGCAGCAGCAACGACAACAGGAACCACGGCUGGAGCAACAGGGGCUAAUAUGGGCUCUCCUGCAAAUGGAAAAUCACCCGGAUUACUUCCCUUGCUACCACGUAAUCAAAAUGGCAUUACUUCUCCCGUACAGGCAUAUGCCUACGGAAACACAAACUCUUGGGUUGGAAAGUCUCAGGUGAAUCCUACCAUUCACCCGUUACACUAUCCUUCUUCGACUCCUGCUCAGUUUGCUUCCAACCUGGCCAGAGUGACGUCUCCUCUUCUUCUUUCGUCUACGGCGCCACCUAAGUUUAACCCAUCACAAUCUUCUGAAAGAUCAAGUUCCCAGCAGAACCUGGGUAGAGAUGCGAUCCUCAAUGCUGCCGGCGCAUUAGAGACUCUCAGUCAGCAAAGCUCUAACGACAAGAUUCCGGGAAUGCGCUUGGAUAACAAGGCUCAGUCAGCCAAUGGAAAUAGCGGUAAUGGUAAUGGCCUUCCAACACCUUCGGAUUCUGCUCAUUCGCAUACUACUGAGGCGCUUCCUCUUAUUGGUUACGGUCGGAAACCUUAUUCUCCCUCUACAGAACUUAAUGGUUACGCGACACCUCCACUUUUGCCAACUGGCUCCGCAAAGCUUCCUUCCCUAGAUUCUGCAACGACAAGACCUGGAAUGUCACCAAAUUUCGGUGCUUAUCAGUCUCAGAACACAGAGAAGUUACCUCCUCUCAAGAAUCUUACUCAGAACUCUUCUCCAUUGGGAUCUAACCCACCAACUCCAAACUUUGGUGCUCAGCAACAGCAGCAGCAGCGAUCUCAGAUGAUUUCGCCCAUGCUAGUUGGUUCUGCAGAUGGUACACGUCUUCCCUCUUUGGGGAGGUCCCCAAUGUUGGCAUCAUUCCAGCAGCAACAGCAACAACAGCAGCAGCAGCAGACCCAACAGUUCCAAUCUCAACAGAAUGGAUUGACUUCGAAUGAAGAGUUGCGGACGCGAAUUUCGGAGCUUGAAUUAGUGAACGACCUUUACAAGACUCGGAUUAUCGAGUUGGAAGCUACAGACAAUGCUGCCAAGCAAAGGGAAAUGCUACUUAAGAAGCGGAUCGAUGACUUGACGGAUAUGCUUAGAAGAAGAAAGGAGUACAGAUACUCAGGGGAGUAUGCAGGUCAAGCUUUGCAGACAAUGCGGGGAGUGCCUCAAAUAUCGGCAAUACAAGCUGUUCAAGGGAAGAACCAAAUGUCAUCUUCGUCUAAACCGCAUAAUCAGCAACAAAAACCUCAACAGCCCCAACAACAACCUCAACAACUAGCCUCGCCUCCAGUGCCUCAAGUACAGCCCCAGCAAACUCAACAGCAGCCUGGAGGAGAUCUCAAGAGAAUUAAAGUUGAACCGAAUUGA